UUGGCUAAUCCGCAUAAAUGUUUGCACGCCUGUGCAGAAGGAGGCGUAUUGUCAAGUCAGCAAGUGUUAAAUAGACUUUUCAGAAGGCAGUGAUGAAGUCCAUAAUCUCUGACCUGCGCUUGAAAUAUGCAGAAAAGACUUGGAAUGAAACCUUCCAGCUUGUAAGAAGAUGCAUGGACAAAUCCAGAGAUGAAUCCAAACCCUGUGAGCUGCUGGGUAGAUCCCUGGAAAGGCUCCAGGAAGUGUUUAAUGUGUCCUCUAUGAACGCCAUGAGGUCUCGUCUGGAGAUGAUAGCCAAACAACGAGGGAUGGGCUUUCACAUCACUGAGGCCACAUGCUACCUGACAGCCGACUUAUUCUACCUGGAAGUGGUGUUGCUGCCAUGUGGUGGGGUGGAGGAAGUAAAGGUGGCCCCACACGGAGGUUCCCCUGUUUCCAGUGAAUCCCUUCUUCAGCUGCUGAGGUCAAAAAAUUUUGCUGACUUCUCUAUGAAAUUGGAAGGCCUCUUCACCCAGUACAACAUCCCUGGAGACAAUGAUGUCAAAUUAAAACUGUUUGCAUCUCUACAAUACCUUGGAAAAGACUUGCAAGUACUAUCACAUUUGUCAAGGGUAACAGAGGACAGUGACCCCCAAAUGGACAUGAUUACCAAUAGCAGGAUUGGGUGUCUAAUAGCUGGAAAAGAAGAUUGCCCUUUGACUAUCCAGUUCUAUACAAUCCCAACUGAUGGGAUGAAGACUUCAGUUGCACAAAUUCCAGGUAUGGAGCCAGUUGUGCAGGCAGCUCAGGUGACCGUGAGCCCCAGCGAUGCCACUCACAAGCUUCAGAUGGCAUCUGUGAUCCCACAGCCUCCACAGCUGGAUCUCCAGGGUUAUCCAGUGUUUACACCACUGAGUGAGGGGCCAUAUGAGACGUUUCCUGCCUGCUUUCUGCUCAAACUGAAGCCAGCGAUACCAAUGAUGCUGUCUUUUGUUAAGAAGCUUAGCCAAAUUACAGAUGUGACCAUACCAGAUGUUGACCUGCAGUGGGCACCAUUACCCAAGCUUCUGCAGAGAUGUUCACUAAGUGCAAACAGCCAUGGGGAGACAUUAGAUGAGCAGGAUACUAUUUUUACUGUGCCUCUUCCUGGUGAUGUGAUGCACAGUUAUAUUUUCCCUGGAGCUGCAUGGGAGGUGCCUGCCCAGAGAGCGACUGUGAUGGACAAUAUUCCCUUCACCCAUCCGGCCCACGUACCAGCCCUGCUGGAGCUGCUGCGCCAUCAAUGUGCCAUCAACACCCUACUGAGAAGCUGUAUGUGCACCAGUCCAGGAUCUGCUCGUGACCUGCAUUUCGAAGUCCUUCCGGAGUCUGACACCAGCUUUUCUGUGACCUUUCACCGACCUGACACCGACUCCCUUGCUGUUUGUGAGCAUUUCCCACACAUUUUUAUUAAAGUACUGAUGGACAUUUCUGAUUGUCAUCAGAUUAACUGCAGUUUGUUUGGAGCAGGAAUAGGGGAUUCCUCUAUGGAUGAAUAUGUCUCCAGUGUUUUAAAGAGGUGCAUGUCCGUUCCUGUAACCCUGCAAGCAUUAUACAGCAAGAUAGAGCAGAUCACCUCUACCCCACUUUCUCCCAGCCGCACAUCCACCGCAGAGGCCGAAAAUGACCACUCGUCUCCCUCGAUUACCACUUUGACGGACGCCAACACCACGUUCUCCCAGAGUGCAGCUGUGCCAGAGGACGGCUUCACAAUCUCCGGUUCAGCCUGCUAUGCCAUGUCUGUAGCCAAAUCUGAACUUCUUUCUGAAAUAAACACAAGUCCUGCUGUCAACCCUUACCCCUUCACUCCCGUGGGUGUGUUUUCACACUGGAUCACCAAUAAUGGCCAACUGUCAGAGCUGAUCUAACUGAUUUGUAUGUGCAUUACAUGUGAUGUCCUAAAGUUAAGCUUUUUAGAUUCAUAUUUUUAGACUUGAAUAAAUGGUUUUUGAUAAAG